AUGCAACAUCCACCCUCCUCAUCAACCGUCUAUCUAGACCAACCACCCAGCUGUCUCCAAUUCUGCCCCUCAAUCCCCUCCCAGUUCAUAAUCGGCACCUAUCUCCUCUCCGAGACGCCCCUCCCAGACGGCUCCAUCCAGCAAUCCAAAUCCGGCGGUCUCCAACGAUGGUCUCUUGACCCAGACACCAACGAGCUGUCCCUCCUGAAGAGGAUUUCCCUCCCCUACGCAGUCUUCGACCUGCACUUUCACCCGCGGGAUCCGACCCUCCUCGCCAUCGCCACCAGCACAGCCUCCGUCGCCCUCUUCAAGGUCGACCCCACCAGCUCCGACAUCAUCCAUCUCUGGACCCGCUCCGUGCACGAGGAUCCCUCCGUGCCAGCUCUCUUUCUAGCUUGGACACCGUCGCACUGGCCAUCUGGCGACGCCGCCAAGGAUGACGGCUUCGCAGUGACCUUCUCAGACGGGCGCACGGCCGUCUUCGCCUCUACCAAACCGCUAUCAUCAGCCGACGGAGCCGUCAAUAUCAAAGAGACAGGCGCUUUCGAUGCAACCGUUCCCAUCGAGGUGUGGUUCGUGGCGCUAGCGACCUACGACGAUGCCGGCACCACCACCAGCAGUAGCAUUCCGUACAUGUUCACGGGAAAUGAUUUCGGGUCUCUGCACACCCGCCGACUAGCAGUGGAGCAGGAAGACGACGACAACACUUCGCUCUCUGCAGUCGUCGACUACGAUGAUCGCGCGCGCCAUCACACCGCCGGCGUGACUUCCAUCUUGCCGCUGCCGAUUCCACUCGUUGACGGCGCGCCGGUCUUACUAACGGGGAGUUAUGACGAGUUUCUGCGGGUGUACCAUGCCACGCGCCGGGGCGCCGUGCUGGCGGAGAUGGGUUUGGGAGGUGGUGUGUGGCGGUUGCAGCUGUUGCGGACGGAGGGGGGCGAUGAGGGAGAGGUGUCGUUCCUGGUGUUGGCUAGCUGUAUGCAUGGCGGGGCGAGGGUGGUUCGUGUUGCUGGAGCGGACUCGCAGUGGGAGAUUGAGGUCGUGGCGGAGUUUACGGAGCAUGAGAGUAUGAACUAUGCGUCGGAUGUGUGGAAGCCUGAGGGUGGGUAUUCGCUCGAUGGCACGAAGGGGUCAGAGCUGCUUUGUGUGUCGAGUAGUUUCUACGAUCGACGGCUUUGUACGUGGCGGGUCCAUGUCUAG